ACAGAUGUUCUCGACGUCUCAGAGUGUACACAUUAGUUGAGAUUUUUUCCCGUAUGUACAUACACCCUACGUAUUAACCCUAUAUGGGUGAACAAUUGAGAAACUUUUUGUUAGUGGCGGGGUCCAUAUUUAUAGUGAUUUUCAUUAUUCCACUGAUUUUGUUUUUCGUAAUAUUCCCUCUAAUUUUAUACCGGAAAUUGAUCAUAUUUCUGGCCUCGUACAAAAAAGAUAUUUAUCUCCCCCUCAACAUCUGCAGCAGUGGGCUUGCUUGGGACGACAUUUACAGAAAACCUAUUUGCACCCUUAGUAUCGUAAAUUAUUUGAAGCACGGACCCGAAAUAAGUCAAGUAACUCGCAGGCUGGAAAGGGUUGUACAAAUUCAUCCGGAACUAACAUGCACGCUCCACUCUUGGAUGUCCAUCCUAUUUUGGAAGAAAUCCCCAAAUUUCAAACUAUCCCAGCACCUCACAAUUUAUAAGGAAUCCAACCCCGAAAAAAUCCAACAGUAUUUGGAUUCUCUGCCUGAAAAACCCUUCUCAAAAGGCGCCCCGUUAUGGGAGUGCAUAUCCUUGCCAAAUUAUUCAAACACUAAAUAUGCCACAAAAUCUGCACUAGUUCUGCGAAUUCAUCACACAGUUGCCGACGGUUUGGCAUUGCUUUCAUUGUGGAACGAUCUUUUCGACAAGAAUGGUUCCGGAGAGGAGAGGAUUAUAAAAAAUGGAGGAACCCCUAAAAAUUCGAAAUGGGAUAUUUGGAAAAUCUUCGAAUUGAUAUUCAUAACUCCGACGGAAACAAUAUUCACUAUGCUGAAAGGCAUUGACUCGAAUCCAUUAACAAUUCACCGGGGGACUGGAGAAAUGGUCCGGUGUCAAAAUCUUGUCGCCCUAGAUAUGGCAGACCUUAAGCGGAUUUCCCGCGCUGCUCGGACAAAUAUCACGUCGGCCAUGUUUUUCGGUGUGACCGGCGCGGUGCGGAGAAUUUUGAUGGAAAGAGGAGCAAAUUUGGGGCAAGAUGCGACAUCGAUUUAUAUUCUGCCUAGUGUUUUAGGCCACCAGGGAACGUCCUUGACGAAUAAUUUAACCGGAGCCCCCCUGAGAAUGCCGGUGUCGGAGAGGAACCUGGAACAAAGAUUGGUUAACAUUUCGGACCAAUUUCAUCACAUUUCGAACUCCACUUAUCUCCUAGGCAUGACCGCAUUUUACAGAUCAAUCGCACUAAUUAGCGGCACGUUACAAACAGAGUUAAGAAUUCCGAGCUUUGGAACUCUGGUUCAUUCAAACUUUGCAACUUUUAAGGAUAAUCGGUACGAGUUGUUUGGAAAUCCGGUGGAGCGUGCCGCGCCAAUUACUGGUGUGGCGCAGAGAUCAUGCUUAAUCGCAAUGGUGAAUAUUAGCUACAAUGGAAAAAUGGGGAUUGCAAUAACCGCUGAUAAGGCCAUCUUUCCUGACACAGGUGAAUUAGAAAGAGUAAUUAAUGGCGUUAUCAGCGAGAUUAAGCAAAUUGGAGAAGCGCGUGUACACAGGGAAUGAGUCUACAAAUGAGAAAAAGUUAAAUUUUUUCAAUAAAAACAUUUGUAAAAAUUUAAGGAACUAUAUCCAUGUAACAUGUUUCAAGUUUUUCAUAAAAAUAUUUCAUCGCUGAUAUCAAUAGGUAUAAUUGGUUCGGUCUGUUUUGAGCAAAAAAAUGCAUUAAAAUGCAUUAAAAAAUAUUCAAAGCAUGUUUAAAAAAAUGGCAACGACCUGUUCUUCCAAUUUGUGGCCAGAUUUGUAAAAUUAAUUAACAGAAAUGACUAAAAAUGUGUUGAUUUUGACUAUUUUGGCAAUAGCUUAUCGAAUCCUACAUAAGUUAAAUAUGCUUGAAUUUUAUACAGCUCUCUAGCAAUGCCAAUUUAACUACCAUUAUCAAUUAAAAUAAUUAUUAUCAAGUCAAUAACCCUCUAUAAAUUCAUCGGCGACUUAAAUUCAAUUAACAUAAUAAUAAGGCCCCCAAGGGACGCUAAUUCUAUGUCCACAUUUAUUAAGUUACAAUCAAGACGUAAUUCAAUAAACACAUAUUUUUGGUAAAAAUU